AGGCCGGCAGGGGGCGCGCGCGGGCAGGGCGGGGCCGCACCUGUCCAGCGGGCCGGCGACAUGGGGAGGGGAUCGCGGCCCCGGAGCAGCUGUGCGCCCCGCCCCGCGGGCUCCUCCCCGCCGCCGCGGCCCCCCGGCUGCCGCCCCGAUGCGCUGCGCCGGGAGCCCAGGCCAAAUCGCCGCUGCAGCUGUUGGCGCGUCCGGGCCGGGUGAGGCCGCCCGGGCCCCCCGCCGCGCCCGCCAGCCACAUGGAGCCCCUGGAGGGCCCGGGAGGUGCCUGCCACUGGGGACACACAGAAGGACUGGGCCCUGAACUCAGAGGAUUCAUGCCCUUGGCUGCUUCUGUUCUCACCUGUCUGGACCUUGGGCUGUGGUCUCUACCAUGCAGCCCUCAUGAGCCUUCAGUUUGGGAUCGUUAAGGAAGUCGAGGUACCACAGGCUGCCCUGGGUGUCCCAGCCCAUGGGACAGGGGACAGUGGCCACUCACCUGUGGCUGAGGAGGAGGCGGGCAUCCCAAUCCCAGCACCAGGUCUCCUGCAGGUCACUGAAAGGAGACAGCCCCUGAGCAGUGUCUCCUCUCUGGAAGUUCACUUUGACCUCCUGGACCUCACGGAGCUCACCGACAUGUCUGACCAGGAGCUGGCCGAGGUCUUUGCCGACUCCGACGAUGAGAACCUGACUAGUGAAUCCCCAGCAGGUCUGCACCCAUUGCCCCGGGCAGGCUGCCUGCGCUCCCCGUCCUGGACAAGGAUGCGGGCCGAGCAGAACCUCGAGAAGCAGCCCCUUGGAGACCCUGAGAGGCAGGCUGCGAUCGUGGACACAUUUCUCACUGUGGAGCGACCCAAGGAGGACUAGGCUGUCUCCACCUGCUGAGCCACCCACCCUCACGAUGGCAAAUGCAGACAGUCUUGGCCUGGCAACACAUGCCACCCUCCUCACGAGGCUCCAGUGGUCACCUCCUAACGGCAGCCAGGGAAGGGCUGCCAGCCACAGGCCUCUGGGCACCCAGCAAAAGCACAGCCCAGCGGCCUUACCUCCAGCUGCUGCCUAUGCCUGGACAGAGACAACAUGGCCACAACGUUACUGCUCAGGAUGAAGCAAGCACAGCCUGGGCCUUCUGGAACCUUCUGUCCAUAGGUCCAGUGCUCACAACAGCCCCCCAAUCCCCAUAGGUCCUGUGCUGCCUGGCUCAGAUGCCAGAGUGGGCCUGGCGUAGCCCAUGGGGUGCUCCACCACCCAGGCACACAUGGGGCCAGGGCAGACCCCCCCCCCAUGCACUCUAUCUCGCCUACCCCUCUGCCCCAGGGAGGCACUGCUGGUACCAGAGCCCCCUCCCCAGCCCACUCCAAGACCUGUGUCUCCCCCACUAAGACAGCCAUGGGAUAAGGGCAUGGUGCAUCUCUUCCCCAUCUUGUAACACCAAAUAGGGCCGCUGCCUCAGAGCUCAGACAGCUGGGACAGGGCUCGCCCUCUCCCACCAUACCCUUGCGCCUGCUCCCCACAUCCCGCACCUGUCAGCCACAUGCAGGAGGCAGCCUGGCUCUGGAUAUGUCUGAUGGGCCAGGCCCAGGGCUUUGGUAGGAUGGGUGUUCACUGAAAAUGGACACACAGGUAUCUGAACUGACCAUGAAUCCAGGCUAGUUUUGAAGUGAAAGUUCAAACUUGUGUUCCAUCCCCAAGCCAACCUGCCUUCCUAUCCCUGCUGAUGCUUCUAAGGCAGCAAGCUCAACUUCACUCCCACCAGACACUCCUGGAGACCUGGACAGCAGGGCUCCUGCCAGAACCCAGGAGUCCUUCCUGAGCUUCCCUCUGCUUGGGGCCACUUCACUGACCAGGCCGCCCAGUGAGCACUGUCCCUCAUUCCUGAUGGACACAGAAAUCCCCAACUUGUGCAGCGUGAGCCCCAUACCUGCCUUUCUGCUGUAGCUAACAUAGCGUGUAUUCAGAGUGGGAUUAAAGCUUCACCACCAUC